CUUGAGACGGGCUGGGUCCAAAUAUGUUGAAAUGCACGGACGUACUGGUCCUUUCGAAGAAUAGGAGAGCGCCCUUCAUGUUGAUAAUGUCUGUUAUCUGACUUAUAGGAGGUGGAACAGUUCUUCGCCAAAGAAAUGUUUUAAGUACAGGAUAAAGAGUAGCGAGUGAGAGAACGAGCGAGACAAGAAGAUGUCAACGCGGCGGGGGCCGCAACAAGCUGCCGCACGAGCAGACGUCCCGCCUCCACGACGUCUCAUCCUCGCGACCGGGGGACAGAAUGCGGGUUUCGUCCAAAAGGCGGCACAACAGUUCCAACCACACCGUGCCCCUAGCGGGUCACCGCAGAACGACUUGGACGUCACGCAAUUGGGGCCAGCAUCUCUGGAGUCACCACCAGCGACUGGUGCUAGUGAUGGUGUGCGUCAUUAUUUUCCAGCCUACGGAGGUGCAGCAGGAACAGGCAGGAGCACACAAGCACCAACUGGGUUCAAUAUAGCUGCGAGUCAUCUGAUGCCUUCUAGAAGACAUGGAGCUCCAACGAGUGUUGUGGCGGAAAUGCAGCAAAAAGUAGAAGGCGUGCUGACGCUGCAGGGUCGCUCUUCCGGACCACAACAGGUCGGCGCCGUGGUAAACCAGUCGUACAAACCCCACUUUCGACGAAACGACGGCGCCACCGCUCCUCCAACGUCAUUGCCGUGUGCAAACGCACAACAACCACGACGCAGCGCCGAGCAAGACGACGCGAAAAGUAGGAUGGGCAAAGCAUAUUAUGCGCAUACCGGAUCGUCGAACCAAGAGAGGGCGCAACACUCAGAGCAGACUAGUGACGAUGUACCUGCGCAAAAUAUUGCUGCAACUGCAACGAAACAUGAAGGUUAUAAGCACCGCAGCUCGCUUGCAGCUCUGCGCGAAGAGCGUAUCGUAAGUUCGAGACAGGAAUCCUUACGCCAGGAUCCGAACAAUCGAAAAAUGUCGACAGAGCAGCAAUUUGCUAGCUGGCACGGCAAUUCAACAGCAUCUUCAUCGAGCACUGGCGGUAACAAUAUGCAGGGUUCUCAUCAUGUCGGUGGAGGAGUGAGCUCCGAAAAUCUUUUAGUACUAUCCGCAAAAGAGAUUGCUAGCAAUGCCGCCGCACAUGGUCAUGCACGACGAAGGGCGGACCACGCGACUUCUGGGAGUGAAAAAAUUAGAGAUGUGCACGCAAAGUACAACCCGAUUUCCGCAAGAACAGCUGCGGCAAUCGAGACAAGUGGUGUCGACGAAGGUCGUAAGCGGCGACCUAGAAACGAAAUGGAAAAAGGCACUGCUGCUUCGUUGAGAUCGAAAAGCGUUCGUGCUGCACUAGCUCGAGGAAAACCAAGCGCGAAGGCAGCGUCUGGUGGAGUGAGCAUGGAGCACACCGCGAGCAGCAGUUCUUCGCUCCGCCGCUCAGACGGGCGCGCCUCUCCGAGUAUGCGACCUGACAAGCAGUUAGACGACAGGCCAAGUCCACCAGGUGCAGCUGCUGUUUCCGCAGAGAAUAUCGCCGAAACGCACUUGAUGCAAGGUAGCCAGCAGCAGCAACAACAGCAAGGGCGUCGUGGGUCAACAGGCCCUAACCCAUACACACAACGCCACUCUGCGUCGUCGCUGUCUGCCGGCUCGCCCGAGGAGCACUUAACGCCGGGUAGGAGAAAGCCACCAGAACCAAAAAUGCAAAGUGACGAGCGGCAAUCGGGCGGGAAGGGCGAUGACGGAAAGAAAAACAGUACUUCUACUUCGGCCUCCACCACAAGCAGAUCAAACCUGAAAUCUUCUCAGGAGGAACUACACACAAGUAAUCACGCAUUGAUGAGUCCGGAGCAGACGGAGCGCGCGCCCGUGCCAGGAUCGCUGUAUCACGAACAUAUCUCAUCGAGAGCAGCGCGCAGCGGAGCAGCUGGUGGAAAGGAACGGUCGGUGUCUCGUGGCGCGCCCUACCUGCGUUGGGGCGACGCUCCUGCCCGAGUAGGUCCUUCCGCCCCCGGGCACUACAGCAGCGCAAAUGUCUCCGUGGCGUCCAUGCACAGGCCCGCGCCUCCACCACGUGCAGCUGCUGUGCGGGAGAGGGAGCACGACCGCCAAAUUCAACAUGGUAACGCGACGUCGAGUAACAGUAGUAGCAGCAGCAGCAGCAAAAGACCUGAUCGUGCGCACCUGAAGUAUUUGAGUGAGGCUGCGCGAGAAAAAGAUGAGCAGCCGAUGCGAGCUACUGGGGGACACGGAAUGACGCGCAGCAAGAGUUCUAGGGCCCGCGUAGGACUUUGUCCCGAGCCUUCCGCCGGGACUCGCCCACCAGUCGUGACAGUGCAGGCCACGCGCGUGGCCACCCCGCCCCCCAGUGGAACGACGGGCCGCUCGUCGGCCGGCGAGGUCGAGCGUGAUACUACUGCUCGUUACAGCGGUCAUGCACUGGACAAGCAGCCAAGUUGUAAGGAUCAAAGCAGGGGCGUGAGCGUUCGUCGCAGCAACGAAACGAGAAAAGAAGGUCCAAAGCCGGAGAGCAGUCCUGUUGCGAUCGAGACCAAACGAGGGCAGGACGCUUGGGAGCGUUUGCGACGUCGGGGCCUGUUGCGUGGGGAGGACACGUGGCGGACACCUCCGUCCACCGAAGAGAGAGAGCGACAGGACUCGUUGCAGCGAAAAAUACCCUCAAAGGAAAAACCGCAUCGAAGAUCGGCGCCAAGAGACACUCCGCGGGAUCUCACCUCGGCUAUAGCAGGAGCCGGUGAAAGUUCGUCAAGGCCAGAAACUAGAGAUAAAGUUGAAACCGAGACGCGAGCGGGACAGGCGGUCUCAUCCUCGUCGACUAUUUCCAAGCAACAGAGCUCUAGUACCAGUGACCGCGAGUCUGCGAGACGCGCUCGUGAUGCCGCGUACAGUGUGGCACCGAAGGAAGACACGAGAAAGGGAAGAACAGGUGACGAUCAGACCGGAGCCCGCGAAAGCGUGGAGGGACGUUUGCAUCAUCGGCGAGAAAGCGAAGCGCAGACUACGUGUACAGCUGAGCCUACGGCGCGUUCUCGGCCAAGGAGAGAUCGACUCAACCCUAGGAGUGCUGAUGAGACCGCCCGCGAAAAAUCUAUAACAGCGCGAAAGCUAGCACAGCAGGCAAAGCCAAAGACGGGAGCACCAGGCGAAGGAGAUCGAGGUGAACUGCUUCCACAGAAUACCAGGCGCAGGCAGCCGAAAGUCGAAGAUGCGACACCGGCGGAAUCGGGUACCAGAGUUGCCGACUUUUCUCGCACAAGUGAGCCACGAUAUUCAGCUGACUAUAAGAGAAAACAUUUGCGCCGCUCGUCAUCCUUCUCAGAAGCGCUUGACAGACGGGUGCCAGACUUCGGCACGGAAGAAGCGUUUAUCACAAAAGAGGGCCGCUGGGGCAAAGAGACGAUCGGCAAUCGCAGUAAUAGGAGUGGCAAAGAGGCGUCUCUGCGAACUCGGGGGAGUCGGGAUUUCGACAAUGCAGACGCAGCACGUUUGAGCAGCAAUUCUCAAAUACAUGGCCAUUCUUUCCGGGAAAAGCCUGUGGCGGACAGACCUGCGAAGAUGUCACAGAAUGAGCGAGCGUCUCAGGGCUUCAGCACGCGGGGCCUAGCGAGGAGUGCGUCGUUCCUUCUUGAUGGCUCUGUGCAAAAAAGUUCGGCAGAGAGACACCACGACUGCGCAUCAGGACAAAUAUCGCUGAAUUCGGACUUGAGAAGCAACCCGCGGGCCUCCCUUGCCUCUUCUGAGGAAGAGAAGAUUCGUUCAGGACCUGUCUCGAAGACACGAGCGAGCCACGAGGAUACGCAAUUUGGGCAAGAAGAAAUGCAACGGAUUCGGCGAAGACCGCGAGGUGGUGUGAAGACGUCCGCUGCUGCUGGCCAGGGGCCGCGAACCGUCGAAAGCAGAACACGUGGCGAGAAGAGAAGUCACGGUGAUGGAACUGCGGAGCAGGCUGAUCGGGAACGAGUUGUCGGACGAGAUGAUGCAAUAGACCCCCGCAGCAGCGCAGGAGAAAUGAACACGAGCCGACGAAACGAGGAACAACUGUCCAUUAUUGCACGCAGCAGUUGUGAGGAUGCUAGAGCACAACGGGAUGCAAGGGCAAGCGACGAUGAACGCCAAAGUCGCAAUCCCAAAAGUAGCGACGAUGACGACGCCGGCAUCAAUCAAGCGCGUCUCUCACCGCAGAUCAACCAACCCGGUCAGAAGCUUGCUCCGCCAGAAGCCGGCGCGCGAGAGGCGGGAGGCGCAGCUGCGUCAGGGAUAGUCCGAAACGCCUUGCGAACGGGCGUUGCUGUAGCGCCAGCGAAUCGUCCUUCGGAAGAUGCUGGUACAACCGAAGCCCCACCUCCCGCAGCAGCCGCGAAGGUGCCUGGGUUGAGCCUCCACCAGUUGGCGGCACCGACGAGCAAAAUGAGCAUUCUUACGGUGCCCGGUGAAAAUGUGACAACUGCACGCAACAAGCGCAAAAGCAUGCGACGCAGUCUAGCGCGUGGUGAGCGCUCACAGACCUCACAGAGGGUAGCGGAAAUCUUCUCGCAAUUCGUGACGGAGAUGGACGUAAACUCGAUUCUCCGUAUCUAUGCAGACCUGGCGGCGAUAUCGGACCCAGCCGCCAUGCUUCAGCAGUUACAGGAGCUGAAUUCCAGCGCCUUACCGUCCGCGCGAACAAGUAUGUACGGCACCGCCGCAAUGGGUGGAGCAACGGGCAGUAGCAGUGGAAGCACCAGUGCCCGCGGAGUUUCCGGUGCCGCGACCUCUUCGCCGUCGUCAAAGCUUGUAUUUCCAUACCACCACAUACGGCGGGCUAUGCGUGGGUGCAUCAACUGGCGCACCAGCAACGUUUGGGAGAAUCUCGACAAGCUACGUCGUCGUAGGGUACAGGAGCGAAAGCGCGUAAUUAUCAUUGGUGCAGGGCCAUGUGGCUUGCGCCUGGCCAUCGAGCUCGCACUGGGAGGGCAUCAGCCGCUGGUCUUCGAGAAGCGGAUAAAAUGCGACGGGAGAAUCAACAGGUGCAUAUUGCUCUUUACUUGCAUUUUGUGAAAGCAGACGCUGUAGUUUACAAAAUUUACAUUCCUACUCUUUGAUUAUGUUCUUGUCGGACGACGAGAUGCAUGAGCAUCCUUCGCUGCUGCAUCCGGUGUCCCAUUUCAUUUGAAUCAUGUGUUGACUGGAAUUUCGUUUUCUUCUCCUAGGUUACAUCUUUGGCCCUGGGUUCGGAGCGAGGUGGAACGUUUCUCCGGAAGGCUCUUUCUACCUGCCACUGUGAAUCAAGCCGUGUUUGCUGACGCAGAUUUUUGCCACCUUGGGAUCGACGAAUUGCAGGCGCUUUUGGUGAAGAACGCGCUACUUCUGGGCGUGGAGAUUCGGCUGGGUGUCGAGUACAUUAAUGCGGAGGCCGUUCUUGCCACUGAGCUGAGACCUUAUGCACACGAGGAUCAAAUUGGUCGGCUUACCGGAAAGGACGAAGUUAAUUCGACUUCGUCAAACUCUGAUAGACCACAGAAGACCUCGCCGCUAGGAAGUGCAGUGUCAUACGCAGAGUUUCCGGGACGGUCGUGUGCUGGCCCUACCUUGUGGGUAGUCGAUUUUCAGGGCACUGUUGGGACAGGUAGUGCUGCAGUGACGGGAAAUGAUAAUUCUGCUGAACAAGAUUUAAGGAUAAAAUUUGCCCUAGAGGCGGACGCCCUAGUGGGUGGCGAUGGACCGAGGAGCGUCGUCGCGACGACCCAGGGGAGCAAGCUAGGGCCCCGCAUUGUGUCAGACUACAGCGAGGCGAUCGGGGUCGUAGUGAACUUAAAGCGUGGUCCGCGGCACCAAACUCUCGGGGCGCGAAAUAGCGCGCCGACUUCCGGAGGGGUCGAACGAAGGACUUCGGGUGUGAACGCGGCCGGCGUCGCGGGUGGCGCGGGACUAUCCACGUCCGGACGUGGAAACUCCCUUGCGACAGGCAGUACUGCGCCAGCUCGGUCGAGUCGCGAGGAGAAGACGCAAAAUGAAUUUGCACCGCCGCCUCGGGGUCAAGUGGGAGGGAGCUCGACUGCCUCCACUCGUGCUUCCAGUGGGCGGGAAAGCGCGCGGAGAGGAAGCGCUUUGCCGGAUACCGAUUUAGCCAAGUCACCCGACGAUGAUAGCUGUCCUUCAUCUUCUAGCACGGCUGCCUCAACGGGAGGCAAAACUGCUCCAAGUUCUGUGGUGAGCGAGACCAGAAGAUCGGCUGCAGCGUCUUCUUCCGGAGGGGGACGCUGGUCCUCCAACAAGGGUGGUCCUGCACCUGGCGGCCCAGGUCGCUCGUCCGCGACUCUUUCCGUCGGCGCACGCGACAGUGCGUGUUCCCAAGCAGCCGCCGCGAGGGACAGUUGCGCAAGUGAAAACAACAAGGCAACUCCACGCGACAGCGCAACAUCUACCGCUAGCAUGGCGAGUGGUAUCAGCAGCUCUUCCCUGUUUCGGAGACCCAUGUCUCCACGUUCACCAUUGGAAGUGCGACAAUUUUCGUGGGCGCGCCAGUUCAAUGCAGCCUUCUUUCAGAAGAUUGAAAAGAUAUCCUCUCUCAUUCUCGAGAACGUCGUGUACUAUCGCGGACCCGAUACGCACUACAUCAUCAUGACUCCAACCAGAGUAUCUCUGAAGGCGUGUGGGGUACAGCCUUGACUUCUCUUCAUUGGAAAGCGGAUUUUCCUGUUUCAAAAAAUAGGUCAUACAAGUGAAGGGUUUGUUUCAAGAGUGAAAAUGAAAAGAGUUUUGUUCUGCAUGUUUGCAUGUACUUGAUUGUUAUUUGUUGCAACUACAACAUCAGGUUGAGUUAUCGCAAGCAGGAAGUGUGUGGAAACCCCGACUGCGUGACCAUUUGCGGAAGUUAUUAGAUUGGUUGGGGAUUCACGGUGAGUUCUGUCCCGAGCCGUGUGACGUGAUGGCCUUCGAUUUCUCAAGAACUAUGCGUGCUAGCACAGGUUUCGUGUGUCGUGGGAUAGCCUCUACUUCAUCUAUUCAGCAGCCUGAAGUAGACACAUCAACUACUGGGAUGAACAAGAAUGCUGCAAAAGCAAGACCAGAAACGGCCUCCCCAAGAACAACAAGAAGCAGCAGUGGGACCACUCCAGGUGCUGGUGACGAUCAUGAAGUCGUGGGACCACAAGGGUUAAGACGUGAAACAUUUCAUAUGUGUGCACUCGAUUUGACACAUUUUAAGAAGAAACGCGUCAAAUAUGUAAGGCAAAUAGGAAUUGUUUCAAGAACCUCUAAGACGGGGGCUAUUUCCGCCAGUGGCUUUGGUCGGCGACGCAUUACUGGAACCGUUCUGGCCAGAGGGUUUGGGGAUUAUUCGUGGCUUUCUAGGAGCCUUAGAUUGCUGUUGGGCGCUGGACUGUGCGAACUUUUUGCCAGACGCGGUUCUUCUAGACCACGCGACCCAGGUUUUCACGAUCUUGAAAUCCAUCCACGCCCAGAGCCGAGGUCAUUACCUGCAGAAAGAAGAAUCGAAGUGGGACGUGAAUCCGGCUACACGAUAUAAAGGCCUCGCAACUUUGCCGCUGCCCUACGAUGAGGGGGCUACGGAUGAGAGUUUCGUCCCAGUUUAGAGCCGCUUUUGUCCUUAUGGGAAUUGCGUGGCUGGAGUUACAGUACAGAUGGUGUCGAUAACAACUGUCGCUGCUUGUCUAGUCACAUCUUGAUUUUUUUUCGGCCGUUCCUUCGGCUUCAUUGCGCUUUUGAGGCUGCUAUUCUGAUCGGCUACGUUUUUCAGGUUACUGAUGAAAUGUUGCAAAAUUCUGGUCUAUUCACCAUUUAUUCUUGGACAACAUGAUUUCUACAACAACGCCAUGGGUCGUGGAGCGUUUUGUUACAUAGUUUUUGGACAAAUAUUGUAGAGGUUGCUUUCUGUAGAUAUGAAGAUCGCUUAAGGAACCCGUGCGCGCAGAUCCCCAAAUCGUUUUGAGUUUCUUGUAAUCAUUUUGUGCAGACUGGGACGCUCCGACGACAAUUUUAUGUUACUGACUAUUGUCAAUGUGUCAGCCAAUCCCCGACGCAAGAGAAAAUUGUAGGUCAUACAUUUCUACGAAUAGCAUCGAUGUACGACGGAUUCAUUCUACUUCGCACGAUGGACAGUGCCAUUCACAUCACAUUAAAGAUCAUACACAUGUAUACCCGGUAACCACGAUACAAAUACCAUACAAGAAAUGAGACAGACACUUUGAGCUAUGACAACAGGAAGUUUUCGGUUCACAUCUUCGCCAGUAUGACAACAAGAACUUCUUCGCUUAGUACAGAUGGAACGAAGAUGCUUCUGUCAAUAAAAUGGGGGAUUCGGGGAAGAAUCGAUCUUACCCAUGAAGAUGAUAUACUGGCACUUAUCAAACUUUGUAUCCUUCUAUGAACAAAAAAAGUAGAAUCCUUUUUAUAUAUAAGGUAGAGGUUUAGGCCCAGCGACGCUCAAAGCACAUAAAGCAAAACAGCCGGUUAGUUUUCCCUCCAUUCUUAGGUCUAUCCCUUCAUGCAAUAUCCUUCUAUGAACAAAUGAACCUGACGGAAAAUGCGUGCUUCUGAUUUUCGAUUACUUCUGAGAAAGUGGCGCGAGAGGGAGCGUUCUGACAGAGCGAGAGAGAGAGAGAGCGAACAUCCAGAGAGUCAAAUGUGUGCGUUCCAUUUUUGAGAAAUAUUGAUUAAUGCUAGGAAGGUGCACCACUGGCUCAGUACAAAAUUUCGGUGUUCUAAAGUUCACAUCUUGGGUACUGUUCAAAAAAGCGUC